CCUUUCCGGCGCCUCUGGCAGGCACUUACGACAGGCACUACAGGGAAGCACAGAUGAUUCGGCUGACGCAGCACGCCUGGACUCGUCAUCCUUGCGGGCCAGUGCACAGCGGCUGGCUUGUUUCAUCAACAACGAUCUGUGGAUCUUUUCAUCUACGAAUUAUCAGGGAUGCCGCAUUUGAUGUGAGACCAGAAAUAAAAUGGGGUUGAAGAUCUCGAGUCCUCAGGCGAGUCGCAACCGGGAGCCUUUGCAGUCUUACUUCAGCUGCGAAGUCGAGGUAAGGCAGAGUAUCUCCCUGCCUUGACUCCUGUUCAAUCGUCAUCACCUUGAUCUUUCUGGCACGGCAUCAAUCCAUGAAUCCUCGCGAGCACAGUACAUCAGCUGGCCUUGCAUGAGUAAGAGAAAGAAAAUACACACUCGCUCGUUACCAAGGCGCUUUCAUCACGUUUCUUCGAAGGAAACGAAGUUAUCACCAUUCUCGGAGGCGAAUCGAUCAAUUCGGAAAUCAGAGCUCUCGAAUGAGUCCACAACGACAUUCGUUACCUUUCUGCAGAUAUCUCGAUCAUGAUCCAGGGGAGGCGUGCUGUGGUCUGCCUGGCUGUUGCUACCAUACUUGUUUUAUUACUUUAUUACCGAACAACCAGCUCUUUAAUCACGACCAGGUCAUUACGGAGCACCGUUCCACAGGUCAUCGGGCUAGGAGAGUUAUUUGAGUCUGACGGUUAUGAAGAGCAGGAACUAGUCCACUUGGGGUCCCGACCUCAGGAAUAUCAACAAUCCCAUACAGCCAACGAUGCAGCUCCGACCGAGUCAACGGAGCCAAUAACUUUUGGAAGCACCCCGCCUGGGAUGAAGAGCUUCACGCGCAAUCUUGUCAUGGCCAGGACCAAGCAGGAGAACGUGACAUGGCUCGAUGAGGUCGAUUUGGGCCCGAACAUCAAUCGUAUGAUCUAUGUCGCCGACGACCCCAAAGCUCCCUUACAUCCGCCCAAGAACAAGGGCCACGAAGUCAUGAAUUACUUGACCUACAUCAUCGAUUUCUACGACAAUUUACCGGACGUUAGCAUCUUCAUGCACUCUCACCGAUUCGCAUGGCAUAAUGAUGAUUUAUUGAACUUCGAUGCUAGCGAGAUGAUCAAGCGGCUGAGCAAUGAGAGGGUACAACGACAAGGAUACAUGAACAUGCGAUGCCACUGGAUGCCUGGGUGUCCGGAAUGGAUCCAUCCGGGUCAGAUUGAGCCGGACAAAGAGAAACUCGAGCAGGCAUUGAUGGCGGAAGCCUGGGCUGAAUUGUUCCCGGGCAAAUCGAUCCCGAAUGUGCUUGCUCAGCCCUGCUGCUCGCAAUUCGCCCUGAGUCGGGACAAGAUUAGAGAGUUGCCCCAGGAGACGUACUCACAUUUCAGAGAUUGGCUGCUACGCUCGGAAUUUCGAGACACGAUGAGUGGGAGGAUCUUUGAGUACCUCUGGCAGGUAAUUUUCACAGACCAGAACACGUUUUGUCCCAAUCAGCGGACGUGCUAUUGUGAUGGGUUUGGUGUGUGCUUCGAGACUGAGGAGUCGUUUGACAAGUGGUUUGAGAUCAGAUAUAAUAUGAAGAAAGCGGAGGCCGAGCUGAAGGAGUGGGAAGAUCAGGCUCAAGCGAUCGAGCAGUAUAGAAAGGAUGGAAAGCUAGAAGAGAUUGAGGCGGGUGCGCUGAAAGUCCCCGAGUAUGGGAAGAAUGAAGAGCUGGCUGCUAUGAUCAGCGAGUGGGAAGCCGACCUGGAGGACAGAAGGUUGGAAGCGCUGCAGAGAGGGGUGGAUGCGAGAAUAAGAGCGGAGAGCGAUGGGAGGUCGUGGAGGGAGGGCGAUGGCUACUAAAAGUGUUGUGCUUCACAUUCGCAUUGAGCAGGGACGUCUUGCAGGAUAGGUUGCAUUCAACAUGGUGUUGAAAGGGUAUGAACAGUUGGCAUAUAUUCGGAAUGCCAUUCGGGACGGAGUUUGUCAUUUUGGUUAUUAAACGAGAUAUAGGGAUAACGAUGAAUCGUAAAUAGGGCCAUCCGGGAGAUAUAGCAAUGACUCGAUGUGUAUGGUGGCGAGGAUGAAGUAUUCAAAUCCAG